GCCCGCCCUUGGUGCACCAGACACCAAGCAGCCACCUUUCCACUCCCGCGCGCACUUUGCAGACGGCGACUGCUGAUGAUCCCGCGACGGUAGACACACCAUGGCUUCGGUGCUCGGAUGGUGGGCCAUCGGCCAGAUACUCAAGCGCGAUGCCGUCGACGCAGACCCCGACGAAGAGCCAGAGGCAGGCCAGAAGGAGAUAUUCACAUCAUGGGCGCUGUCCAUCCUCAUCGUCCUGCUCAUAAUAGCCCUGUUCACGAGCUAUAUUCUCCACACACGGAAAAUACAAGCCGUCCACGAGACCGUCCUGUCCAUUUUUGCUGGUAUGGUCGUUGGCCUCGUGCUGCGACUGACGGCAGUGGCAUCAGUGCGAGAUGUCGUGAGCUUUGACUAUCAGAUGUUCUUCAAUCUACUCCUACCACCAAUCAUCCUUUCUGCUGGCUAUGAGUUACACCAAGGGAACUUCUUCCGGCAUAUCGGCGCCAUUCUUACCUUUGCUUUCGCUGGAACAUUCAUCUCAGCCCUCGUCCUUGGCCUGAUCUUGUUCCUCUGGACCAGAAUCCCUCUCGAUGGCUUCCAGAUCAAUUUUGUUGAAGCCAUGUCGGUCGGCGCCACACUCUCCGCCACCGACCCCGUCACCAUUCUUGCCAUUUUCGACACGUACAAGGUCGAGCCAAAGCUCUACACCAUCAUCUUUGGAGAAUCCAUCCUCAACGAUGCCGUGGCUAUUGUCUUGUUCGAAACUGCCCAAAAGUACAAAGACGGCGCCGAGUCACUCGGCAUACUGAGUCUUUUCGAGGCUUUCGGCAUCUUCUUUGGCGUCUUCUUUGGAAGUUUGUUCAUCGGUGUCAUGGUUGGAAUUGGCGCAUCGCUGAUGUUGAAGUUUACCUAUGUGAGACGCUUCCCAAAGACGGAGAGCUGUCUGAUCAUCCUCAUCGCAUACUUGACCUAUUUCUUCUCCAACGCCAUCCACAUGUCUGGUAAGCAGCACACUCUUCUUAACAACCCCUCGACUUACACCACUCUAGGAAUCGUGUCUCUGCUUUUCUGUGGCAUAUGCCUCAAACACUAUGCCUACCACAACAUGUCUCGCCGCACCCAACUUUCCACCAAGUUCGUCUUCCAAGUCACGGCGCAAUUGGCGGAGAAUUUCAUCUUCAUCUACUUGGGUCUGUCGCUCUUCACCGAUGACAAGCUCGAGUACAAGCCACUCUUCAUCCUGAUCACAGUAGCCGGAAUUUGCGCCGCGCGAUGGUGUGCCGUCUUUCCACUUUCCAAGCUCAUCAACGCAAUAUCAAGAUAUCGCCAGCGUCGUCGUGGCGAAGAGGUAGUGGAAGAAAUUCCUUAUGCUCACCAAGCUAUGAUUUAUUGGGCCGGACUGCGGGGUGCGGUAGGUGUCGCGCUCGCUGCAGGUCUUACUGGUAACAACGGCGACACCCUACGGGCGACCGUGUUAGUUGUAGUAGUGCUAACCGUUAUCAUCUUUGGUGGAACCACGGCGCGCAUGCUAGAAAUCCUAGGCAUACGCACAGGCGUCGUCGAAGAAAUCGAUUCCGACGACGAAUUUGACAUUGAGGUUGUCAACGGCGGCAUGUACGCCCGUAACAAGGGCCAGGCCAUUGGUCACACACCGCGCCCCGGCCAGAACGGCUUCACAUUGAACAACGUCAACGGUAACGAAGGAACGUACUCCAGCGGUGCGUUUGCCCAUAACAGCCCUCCAACACGACCCAACGGCUUUGCAAGCCGCCGUAACUCAAGUCGCCAGCGCCGCAUAGACGGCGCAGACCAAGGUCUUCUCAGUCCUGGCCACAGUGGCUCCGAAGAAGAUGAUAAUGACCUCGACCUCCCGCCCAAUGCCCGCCGCUCUCCCAACCGCAACCCAUCGCCCCUGGGCCUCUCGGCUGAUGCCGCCAUGUAUCCUACAUCAGGCCAUAGGGCGGAUGAGUCCGGCGCGGCCGAAGGAUCGAGUAGGAUGGCAACGGCAACUGGUGCUGUCAAGCAACUGUUCAACGAAUUAAGUCAUGAUCCUGCAAACGCCUUCAAGCAGAUCGAUGAUGGCUUUCUGAAACCACAUUUGUUGUUAGACCCAGGGAAAGGACCUGGACCAAAUAAUGUGUGA